AUGCAAACGUGGUUAUCCUUCCAAGAUGAGUCGAGAGAAAUCGCCUCGGAAUAUGAAGGAGGGUCACAGCGGUAUGCUCCUCUAGAGCAAGUCGCCCGGCCAAAUAAUGCGACCCCCAACCAAGCCCAGCUGUACUCUUCCGCUGCCGCCUCUUCCUCUUCCUCCGCCGCCGGCUUGAAUACCGAGACCAUUCUCACACAGCCAUUACCUUCCAUGCAACCGCCAGUGCAAACAGCAUCCGCGGAAUUCAAUAGAAGACACCGGCAUCGUGGUAGUACUAGUAGUGCACAUACGGACAACAGCUCCACAACAAUACGACAGGCACCUCCUCCGUCAGAUUUGAUUCCAACCGAACCCAGCCUUCAGACCGAGGUCCGGAGCAUAUUGAAUAGAUCGGAGGAGACACUAUUCAUGCAGGUCUUCGUAGAAGAGGUUGGUAUAUGGAUGGACACACUGGACCCCCUGAAACAUUUCUCUAGGCUUCUGCCUUUCCACUCGUUGGGGGAACCAAUGCUCCUGAAUGCACUUCUGGCCUGCGGUGCCAAACACCUCUCCCUUGUGAACCCCGCUUACAAAGAAGACCGUGCACUUCAUUAUUACGACUUUUCGACAAGGCUUUUGCUCGAUGCCCUCCAAAACCCGGAUCGUGAUACUGUUAUCUGUGCGGUCACCGCAGUUGUCCUGAAUGUCUACGAAAUCAUGUCGGAACGUGCUCUACAGCGAAUGAACCACAUUGCCGGAGCCCGAGCCUUAAUCAAAGAAUGCGGGUGGACCGCCCUUGAUACGGGGUUCGGAGGUGCGUGUUUUUGGAUCAAUGUCACCAUGGAACUUCUUAGCUGUUUACAUUUCAAUUGGCCAAUUGCGUGGAAGCCUGACGACUGGGGUGUCAAUAUGGAUUUUACGCAGGACUGCGAACCGGGACAUGAGGAGCUAUGGGCUUACAGAAUGGUGUACCUUCUCGCUAAAGUUGCAGACUUUCGUGCCACUAUCCCUAGAUACACCGAGCCCCUUGAUCCUAUUCUAAUCAGCAACAAAACAAGCGAGAGGUUGGAAGAAUGGCGAUUCCUAAAAGAACAAUGCGAAACUUGGGAUGCCAGCGUGCCAAGGAGCAUGCAACCGUUGUCCUAUCUGUUGCCUGGCGAAACAUCUUCAAAGUCGAAUUUUCCGAGCAUCUGGCUCCUCAAACGUUCGAAUGUAGUUUCCAGGUUAUUCUACCAUACAGCUAUGGUUCUGUUGGCGCAAACCCACCCUCUGAUGACUGUGGAGGUCCCGGAAAUGAAAGAAAUGGCGAUGAUGCAUGCGCAUACAAUCUGCGGCAUUGUUGCUCCCUUGAAAGAUAGAGGAAUUGCCUCCGUAGCCCUCCGCCCCCUAGCGGCUGCUGCAGAACUGUUAACUGUACACAAGGAGCAGAAGGAAGUCAUAGAAAUUGUCCGCCGGAUAUCCCGUGAAACAGGUUGGGGCGUUAACUUUCUUCUGAAAGAGCUUCCGGCAAAAUGGGGAUGGAAUAGUGGGAGCCAGCAACAACAUGAGACUUCACAAGCACCCCCGACUUCCUUGCUUACUACGACUCUUCUUAACCAUGUCCCGGCUUCCAUUCCACCUCCACCAGGCUUCAAUCAUAGUCCUUCGCACUUUGCUGUAUUGAAACAAAGCGCGGCAGAGGUUCAGGCACAGGCGCAAGCCCAAGUGCAUGUACAAGCACUAAAGCAACCAGCGCCGCCCCGGCGCCCACCAUUUCCGAGCCCUUAUGCGCAGGGGGCCAAUAUCGACCCUGCUAAUCACCCAUAUUUCCCCCAUUACGUUACCGCUCUUAAUGUACACGCGGACCGUAACAAUCACUUAUAUUUUUAA